GCAUUAAUAUUUCUUUCUUCCUUGUCAUUGAAUGUCAAGUUAGUAGAACAAAAUAAUAGUUUUAGAUUUUCAAAAUUAAGAUGAUUAUUCCCUUUUAACGUUACAUCAUAGAAGAACAUUAAAAACGAAACCGUUCAAUUAAUUCACAAAAAUGGCAGACACUGCCUUUACAAAGAACGAAGUAAUAGGAUUGGUGGUGAGGUUAACCCUUGUUUCUGCAGUUACAUUUUUAAGUAUAAAAUGGAUUAUGAACCAAGUUGACCCCACGAAUAAAAGCAAGAAAAAGGCAAGACGACAAGCAGAAGAGCAGUUAAAAAGAUUAUCUGCUACAGGACAUGCGCCUAUAAUUAUUGACAAACUAAAUGAUUAUGAAAUGAUGAUAGCAGCUCACUUGGUCCAUCCUCAAGAUAUUAAAGUAACUUGGAGUAGUAUUGCUGGCCUGGAAGGGCUUAUCCAGGAAUUGAGGGAAACUGUAAUACUACCUAUUCAGAGAAAAGAAUUAUUUGCUGAUUCACAACUUACCACAGCACCAAAAGGUGUACUUCUACACGGACCUCCAGGAUGUGGAAAAACUCUUAUUGCAAAAGCCACUGCUAGAGAAGCCGGUACCCGAUUUAUCAACUUAGAUCUAUCCAUUCUGACUGACAAAUGGUACGGCGAAAGCCAAAAAUUAGCAGCUGCAGUCUUCACAUUAGCCGUUAAAAUUCAACCUUGCAUUAUUUUCAUCGACGAAAUCGAUUCCUUCCUUCGAUCUCGCACAAGUUCAGAUCACGAAGCUACGGCUAUGAUGAAAGCACAAUUUAUGUCUCUCUGGGACGGUCUAAUUACAGAUUUAAAUUGUACCGUCAUCGUGAUGGGUGCCACAAAUAGACCCCAGGAUUUGGAUAAAGCUAUUCUACGAAGAAUGCCUGCCACUUUUCAUGUGCCAAUGCCCAACGCCGCACAAAGGAGACAGAUCAUGAGGUUAAUUUUAGAAAACGAACCAGUAUCAGAUGAUGUGGAUAUGGAAGCACUAGCGUCAUCUACCGACGGCUUUUCAGGCUCCGAUUUAAGAGAAAUGUGCAGAAACGCCUCUGUGUAUAGAGUCAGAGAUUACUUGCGAAACCAUAUCGAUUCUCCCGUUCCUACGACUUCCCAAAAAGAAGACGAAGAGGAAGAGGUGUUUCACGAUACUCUCCGUCCCAUAUCGAUGGAAGAUCUGAAGUUAUCGUUCAACAAAAUGAGAGGCAGUAAAUUACAGUGUGGCUCGUUACAGUUACAGACUAGAAUCGAUCUUGAUUAAAAGUGAUAGAAAAUAAAUGUUAGUGCUGAGUACCUAUUAAGAGAAGACAUUCUACUUGAAACUUGUUGAAAUUUAUAUUAAGUAUUAGGCGUAGAUAUUAUUUUUGUUUUUUUAUGUCAAAAAAUACAUCUACAAAGUCAAAGUUCUUUUAUGAUCACUGUGUAUAUAUUUGAUAUACCAAAUAUAAACAGGUGCAUGCGACUUAAGCCUUAAAUGUUAUUUAUAUAGAGUAGCACACAUUGGAAAUUGUAUAAAACACAUUAAAUACAGUUUCCACUCUCG